AUGACAACACAUGACAACACCACCAUUGUGCUUCCAGUCAAGGGCAUGACGUGUAAUUCUUGCGUACGUUCAAUCACCAAUGCACUUGAUCUCGACGAAGGAGUCCACAAGGCACAAGUCAGCUUGGAGAACGAAUCAGCUACCAUACACUAUGACCCAACAAUACGUACACGGCAACAGCUUGUGGAACUUAUCGAGGAUUGUGGAUUUGAAGUGCCUGAUACGAUCGUUACAACAACACUUCCUGUCAAGGGGAUGACUUGCCAAUCAUGUGUAAAGUCGAUUACAAGCGUAUUGGUGGACCUUGCAGGCGUUCAAUCAGUGGAUGUCAGCUUGGAGGAGGAGCAAGCGACUAUUAUGCAUGAUACAUCAUUAUUAUCUCGCGAGACGAUCAUUGAGGCCAUUGAAGAUUGUGGAUUCGACGUGCCAACAACGACUCAGAGCAGCAACAGCAAUACGACAACAGUACUUCCUGUCAAGGGGAUGACUUGCCAAUCAUGCGUCAAAUCCAUCACUGGUGCAUUGAGUGGUCUUGCUGGUGCCGAAUAUGUGGAUGUUAGCUUGGAUGCUGAGCAAGCAACAGUGAUACAUGAUGCGUCAUUGCUAUCUCGUGAAACGAUUAUUGAGGCUAUUGAAGAUUGUGGAUUCGAUGUUCCAUUACUCAACACCAACAACAACAGCAACAGCAGCAGCAGCAAAAAGAAUGAGCCUGGCGUGGCUGAGAUUCAGGUGGCUACGAGUAGCAGUGGGGCUGAUGAUGACAAAUACGACAGCAUCCAAACCGCUCAAUUGGAAAUCCAUGGCAUGACAUGUGCUUCUUGUGUCAAUAGCAUUGAGCGUGCAGUCAAUAGUCAAGCCGGCAUCAUCUCCAUCAAAGUAUCAUUGCUUGCUGAAAAGGCGACUGUUGAAUACGAUCCUUCAGUGAUUACAGAUGAACAGAAAAUUGCCGACAUGAUUGAAGACGUUGGAUUCGAAGCCAAGGUGGUUCAGCCAAAGAGUGAUGAUACAGUGCAGCUACAAGUAUUUGGAAUGACAUGUGCAAGCUGUGUGCAUAGCAUUGAGCGUGGUGUUAGCAAGGUGCCUGGUGUACAUUCAAUCACGGUCAACUUGAUGACUGAGAUGGCUGUGGUUCGAUAUGAUCAUACUCGUCUUGGUAUGCGUACAAUUGUUGAGACGAUUGAGGAUCUUGGUUUCAAUGCAUUGGUCCACGACAAUACCCGGAAUGCACAGCUUGAUAGCUUGUCCAAGGUGCGUGAGAUCCAAGAAUGGCGACAAGCUUGUAUUCGCAGCGUUCUUUUUGCAGUGCCGGUCUUUUUCAUUGCCAUGGUGAUGCCUAUGUUUCCAUGGGGAAAUUCGAUCUUGGAUAUUCCUUUAUUCUUUGAUGGACUUUAUUUGAUGGAUGUCGUUCAACUAGCACUCACCAUCCCAGUCCAAUUUGGUGUCGGCAAACGAUUCUUGGUAUCGGCAUACAAGUCCUUACGUCAUGGAUCACCCACCAUGGAUGUCCUUGUUUCGAUUUCAACACUUGCUGCAUUCACUUUUUCAGUCAUUUCGAUGUUUCGAUCUUUAUGUGCACAUUCAACGCAUCGACCCACCGUGUUCUUUGAUACAUCCACCAUGUUGAUUGCAUUCAUUUCAGGAGGUCGUUUAUUGGAAAACAUGGCCAAAGGACAAUCUUCUUCAGCCUUAUCGAAGUUGAUGUCUCUUACACCUUCGACAGCAUUGAUGCUUGAGGUUGAUGAGCACACUGGCAACAUUAUUUCGGAGAAGCGUAUUCCUUCGGAGCUUAUUCAACAAGGCGAUUUACUCAAGAUUGUGUCUGGUGAUAAGAUUCCAGCUGAUGGUACUGUUACAUCGGGCGCUUCGACAGUGGAUGAGAGCAUGGUUACGGGUGAAGUGGAUGCUGUAUCCAAGAAGGAAGGUGACACUGUCAUUGGUGGUACAGUGAAUGGCCCCGGCAUGUUUGUUAUGAAAGCUACCCGUGUCGGCUCUGAUACAGCACUCAGCCAAAUUGUCAAGCUCGUUGAGGAUGCUCAAGUAAGCAAGGCGCCCAUCCAAGGCUUCACCGAUGUGGUGGCAGGCUAUUUUGUACCAGCUGUGUUGCUCCUUGGUCUUGGUACUUUGGUGAUAUGGUCCUUGUUGGUGACGUUUUUGGGUAUUGAUCGUAUGCCGCCCAUGCUGCAAAGCGAGAUCGAGAAUGAUGGUGAUGGCAGCUGGUUCUUCGUAUGCCUCAAGAUGUGUAUCAGCGUGAUCAUUGUGGCAUGUCCCUGUGCUCUUGGCUUGGCAACUCCAACAGCGGUGAUGGUAGGCACAGGCGUUGGCGCGGAGAAUGGUGUUUUAUUCAAGGGUGGCGCUGUGCUCGAGAAUGGUCAACGUGUCAACACGAUUGUCUUUGACAAGACUGGUACUUUGACUAUUGGCAAGCUGCAAGUGACUCGUGCCGAGAGCUGGAGUGAUACACAAUUGUCGUCAGAUCAAUUAUUGCUACUUGCCGCCAUUGCCGAAUCACAAAGCGAGCAUCCAGUGGGUCGUGCUGUUGUACAAAAGGGCAAGGAUCUUACGGGUCUUGAUUUGUUGGAUAAUCUUGCAGCUAUCUCAGGCUUCAAAAGCGAGACUGGAUUUGGUAUCGAAUGCGACAUUGCUAUCACCGAAGAUGACGAUGAUCAUUCAGCAAUCUUACGCAGCUUGGCUAUGAAAGGAGGAGCUUCACAUCGCAUUGUUAUUGGCAAUCAACGAUUUCUCGAAGAGUUUCACAGCAUGAAAUUGAGUUCAGAGCAAGCUCGUGCGAUCGAGGCUGAGGAGGCGCAAGGUCACACAUGCAUUACUGUUGGAUGGGAUGGUGUGGCUGCAGGCUAUAUUGCUUUGGCGGAUGUUCUCAAGCCGGAGUCACGACAAGUGGUGGCAACAUUGCACAUGAUGGGAUUGCACACGGCUAUGGUGACAGGUGAUAACGUGUUGACAGCACAAUCGAUUGCAAAGCAAGUGGGCAUCACUGAAGUACAUGCUGGCGUUUCACCCAAUGGCAAGACACAGCUGGUGCAGCAAAUGCAACGUCGUGAAAUGGUGAGCUCGAAUGUUUUCGGAUCCAAGCGUUCCAGGGCUGUAGUGGCGAUGGUUGGUGAUGGUGUCAAUGAUUCUCCCGCAUUGGCAGCUGCUGAUUUGGGUAUUGCACUAUGCAGUGGCACUGAUGUGGCGAUUGAGGCAGCUGAUGUGGUGCUCAUGCGCAGUGAUUUAUCGGACGUGGUGGCUGCUCUGGUCUUGUCUCGUGCCAUCUUUCGACGAAUCAAAAUCAAUUUGUUGUGGGCCUGCAUUUACAAUGUGAUUGGUAUUCCGCUUGCAAUGGGCGUUUUCAUGCCGCUCGGUUGGCACUUGCAUCCAAUGCUUGCUGGCUUGGCCAUGGCAGCAAGUUCUACAAGCGUCGUUGUCAGCAGCCUUUUACUCAAAUGGUUUUGGCGUAAACCUACUCUUGUUUCAGAAGAUCAAGUUGACUUUGCUGCUCCCUCAACUACUAUUGCCAUUGAAGAGCCUCUCACCCCUAUCGACAAUGCUACCCCCAUCAAGGCAUCCACCACCAGCAUUUGGUCACGCAUUUGGAAUCAGCUUAUUGGAAAUGGACGAUUUGGUGGAUAUCAAGCUGUGGCCACUGAUACAAAUCAAGACUUUGAUCUUCAAACUUUACCAUUGCAUCAACGACUGUAA